GUUGGAUGCGGCUACUCUCGUCACUCCAAACCUCGAGCACCGCUGCCAAAUCCAACAACCCCCCCAACAUAUAUUCUCCUGCAGACCCAGCCGAUUCGAAGCGCCGUUGUCUUGACAACAUUCGAUCUGGGACAAGUAUAAUGAUAGCGGUAUAGCCGAUUCCGCGGUCUCGACCACUGCGCCGGGCAGCAUGCCGCAGACAAACCAACCCCACACCUUGAAGUUCCUCUUUAUCAUCUUCGUCAUCUGGCUUGUCUUGCCCGAUAGCGAGUACCAAAGCCAGUCGGUUGCUUUGUCCGACCUCAUUCUCUCGCGCCUUUCAGACUACCGCGACGCCCUUGAUGUGCUAAAUGCGACACGAUGGGGGGACUUUGCUCCUCUAGAGGCAAACCGUACGGAGGGUGACGACGCGAGCUCCCCCAAAUAUAUCAACUUGACGGGAUUUCGGGAGGAAGAUCACUUUUCAUGGCAAUACUUGAACAAGUUCCGAGAAAGGGGCCUGAAACUCAGCCACCAUGCCGUCCCCGCAGUUGGCGGCAAUGAGCUCUGGGAUGUGGCAGAGGGUGAGCCGAUGUGGGCAAACGCCUCCAGCGUUCUUCUCGGACAGUGGGUGCGUCGUCCAGAUCUGAGUCCAAGGACACCUGGCAGCUACAACCUUAGCCGAAGUGUGCCUUCCAUGCACUGGUAUGCUGAUAAAUGGAACUGGGAUCGUAAUGUGACCGGCACAACUGGGCGAAUCCAUCUGCGCCUGGAAGGCAACAAGACAAUAACGGGAUACGAACAGCUCUCGAAGACUGAUGCCCCCCUCGGCGGAGGCCUGAUACGCAAUGUGAAAGGGGUAGUGACGAUAGAAGAUGAAGAGGGAUCAGGAAUCCCCUAUGAGACGCGUCUUUGGGGAGUGCAUUGGCCACGGCAAGGGGUAAUUAUGAUGACGACUACGAGCGAGAAAUUCGACGGCAUCUUUGGGCUUCCGCAUCUCACACCUGGGCCAGACUAUUUCCAAUCUAGCCAGAGGUUCCUAAACCAGUCCCUGGCGCACACUAUAGCUACAAAGAAGAAGAACAUCUAUACCGACCAAAACAUACCAUGGAACGCGGACAUAGAGAAUCCUCUUCACACUCCAAAUCCUUCUCCCCACUGCGAAUUCAUCAUGUAUGCGCAGAUCCAUCCUCCAAGCAGACAGAGUCUUGGCCUCGGGGCCACUGUCUCUAAAGGCGAAAACGUGGCAGACAUUAUACACACAAUCGAGUCAGAGCUGGAAUCUCCGCUCGGUGUGCCUAUCCAACGCAUCCCAGAACUCCACAUGUCGGCGGUGAUAUACUCGCCAGACUGCUCAUUUGUCUUGGAGACGAAAGGGCCUCCAGACUUCCUGCCCGGCGAGGCUAACCAUUUUGUCGGCGUGAAGUCUGAGGUUCAAGUCACCAGGAUCAAUCAAUGGCUCAUUACAUAUGCGGUAUUGGUAUUUUUCCAAGUCAUGUUGCUCAAAGACCAGAUGAAGGAGACGUACACACCGUCUACCCUCGGCAGGGUCAGCUUUUGGACAAUUAGUGUAAUGGGCAUUGUCGAUUGCAUGACCUUUUGUGCGGCUGCUACCUGGGUUUCCACGGCUCAGAGCACCUUCUUACCGACCCUGACGCUCAUGUUCACGUCACUUAUGUCUAUGAUGAUUGGGGGGAGCCUGCUUGCCAGAAUUCACGAGAUCCAAGCGCCACAGCCCCGUACUCGCCGAGAAGGGGCAGCUGGAUCAAACAGCGGCCAAGCCAGCUCGACCGCUUCUGCACCGCUGACGCCUAACGCAACGGGCACAGGACCCAUUCUCCCUGGGCCUGUGACAGCAGGACGUGGCGCUAAUCCUGAUCCCGCUGCAGCAGCAGCAGCUGCUGCUGCCAAUAUCGCAGACGGCGCCGCGGCCGUACCCGGCGCUGCCACAGCUACAAGGCCGCCGCCACCGCCUUCGUCAGCUCAGACAUUCCAAUCCAUCAUUGGCCGAUAUUUACUUUUGGUCCUCUUCAUCUCUUUCGUGGGGUUAUCUUCCAUGACGUGGUAUGCGACGGCACGCUCAUGGUUCAUCAACAUCUGUGUCUUUGUCUAUCUAUCUAUGUGGGUUCCGCAGAUAUACCGGAAUAUUAUCCGCAACUGCCGCCGCGCCCUGAAAUGGAAGUUUGUCGUCGGCCAAUCCAUCCUCCGCCUGGCUCCCCUGGCGUAUUUCUGGCUCGACGCAGACAAUUUCCUUUUCGCUCGGACUGAACCGCAUUCCUUUCUGGUGCUCUGCCUCUGGGUCUGGCUGCAGAUCUUCGUGCUGGCCACGCAAGAUAUCGUCGGUCCGAGAUUCUGCGUCCCCAAAGACUGGACGCCGGAUGCGUGGGACUAUCACCCGGUGUUGCGGGAAGACAACGUCGAGGCUGGGGCCUUGCCUAUCGGGUUGAAUCCUGAAGAUAGUCCAGGCCAUGAUCGUAGGCGGAGUAGCGAAGAGAGGGAUAAGCCUCGGCCCGGUGGCGGCGUUACGCGGACCAUCGAUUGUGCAAUCUGCAGAGAGUUGCUUGAGGUGCCUAUCGUCAAGGCUGGGGAAGAAGACAUGAGUGUGACGGGGGUGUUUGCUAGGAGGAUGUACAUGGUGACUCCGUGCCGGCACAUUUUCCAUACUGCUUGCUUGGAGAACUGGAUGAAGUUUCGGCUGCAGUGCCCGAUAUGUAGAGAGGACUUGCCUCCUCUUUGAUAAAUGAAGUAAAUGUAUCAAAUAAAUUCAAGUUAUAAUGGAAUAUAACUGGCCUAAUGAGGACGUUUAUGACACAAGAGAUGG